GAGCAUGGAGUGAGGAAGUGACUGGAGGGAGGGUGUGACUGAUGGGAUCUGGGGAAAACCUUACGCGGUUGCAAUACAAGUGAAAUUGACUGACUCACCCCGCCUUGAAAGCUGACAUCACGGGGACACGCCUCAGAAGACAGACUUUGAAAAACACACACACAAUCCGUAAAAAUCCACUAGCACAGCUUGAGCUCGGAGUUGGAGACUUUCCUUCCCAUCGUCAAACGCUUGUAGUUCGAAGAAGUUCCGUCUGACACACGUACAAACAGACCUUUUAUCGUGAUGCUUGUGCUUCUGGGAUUCAUUCUUGUCUUUCACAUAGCCACAGCUGCCCUGCUGUUCAUUGCCACGAUAGAUAAUGCCUGGUGGAAAAAUGAUAUGGUCAGCACUGAUAUAUGGAUGACUUGCCCUAACAAUGGAUCUCAAUGUGAUAACGUCUAUGUUGAGAACUAUGGAGACUGCAUCAAGGCAAUACAGGCAACAAUGUGUCUGUCGGUGAUCUUUUGCUGUAUUUCCUUCAUUGUAUUUGUCGUUCAACUGUUCCGACUACAGAAGGGUCAGAGGUUUUACAUUGCUGGAACCUUGCAACUGCUUUCUAGUCUCUGCGUAAUGAUUGCAGCCUCAAUUUAUACAAACCAGCAAGAAAACUUCCAUGGUCAUUUGCCCAUAGUUACAGGAAAUUACGGAUACUCUUACAUUCUAGCUUGGAUUGCUUUUGCAUUCACUCUGAUCAGCGGUGUGAUGUAUAUUGUUUUACGGAAACGUAAAUAAGAGGUUUACCUUGGUCUAAAUCCUCCUGUAUGCAUCACUACAGAAAAAAAGCAAUGGUUUCUGGAUGAUAGCAUCAAUCCCUUGCAAACAAAACCCAUCUGUACAGUGACUGUCAGAUUAAGGAAAACAGAAAUAAUAGUUAAUUCCACACUGUUUUGAAGCCUUUAUUAAAUUGCAAAUUCUCAAAACCUGUUUGCUUCAGUAUUUCCAAAAAUCAAAAUCCACAUUUGUCAACAAGGUACAGCUGCAAGAUUAUUUUUGUCAGUGAUGAGUACUUUUUGUAUUAUUAACCUAUGUUCGUUCAUCUUGUCUGUUCAUGUUCACAGAGCAGCUGGUUUAAGCACUUCAGUCUCCACAAACUAUGCUGCUUUUUAAACUGGUGAUUUUUUAAAAACUCUGUCUUGAAUUAAGCCUUUCCCAAAUUCAGCCUAUUUUUAAUCUAUGAUCACAUUUAGUUCUCAAACGUGACAUUUUUCAUAAAUUCUUUAAAGCUACAUGUCAUUAAAAUCACUUGGGUUAAAUUAUCCUGAAAAAUGUCACCAAGACUUAAAUACAGUCCUUUUCAGAGAGGUACAUAAUUGCAUGUUUAUAAACCUGAGAACUGUACCAUAUGGUAUUCACUGGGACAGUACAUUUUCUCUAAUGUUGCAUUAAAUGUGUAAAAAUGUAGCAGUUUUGUUAAAAAAAAAAAAAAAAAAAAAAAAAAAUUCGCAAGAAACAUCUGAUUAAAUUUUGUACAGUUAGUGAAUUGUGUGGAUUUGGUUUUUUAAAAACAAACUAAACAAAGAAUAAUUUUGAAAAGUACAAUUUUUAAAGAAGGUACCACUUUUUAAAAUUUUGUUUGUUCAUUCUUGGAAGCUCAUAAAUAGUACAGUGCCAAAUCUACAUUUGUCAGGAGCAGCAUAUUUACCAUAUCAUUGAACAGGAUCUAAUAAUAUGUGCCCACGAUGAUUAGUGACAUUGGGUAUUGAAUUAAAAAAAAGUACAAUAAGUAUAAUAAGAUUCAAAUAUGAUCUAAUUUUUGGAUUAGCUGCAAAUCAUUCAGAUUUUAACUAGUUAAUGAUUUUCUUACAAUCAAAAGUGAAACCAUUAGCCCCCAAGAACAAUUGAAUUUGCCUUUUUGCUCUUUAAAUAUUUAAAAUCUAAAACAAAUGCUUAGCAGUCUGCAAUGUUGAAGACCAAAUAAAAUUGAUGUCUGGGUCUGUUUGUAGUCCUUAUUCAUUAGCAUAAUACAAACCAUCUGCUGAAGUGUAAAUGCUGCAAACAGACAUUUGCUAUUCGGAGUACUACAUUCUAAAACAGAGCAAUUAAUAAAAGUUGUUUUCAGAUCAAACUUUUUUUGGCUUUGAUACAAAUAGGUGCCAUUUUUUUUUUUUUGCUGCCCGUAAAGCAACCAUAAUUGGAAUUUUUUUUUAACCCAGCCCUUCUGAGAUUCAUGGCACCAGACUAAUUAAGAAAAGCUUUAUGUUCCUGAUGUGCAGAUGCGAUUGAUAAUCGGAGAGUCUAUUUUGUUCUUGCUCUUUUUGAGCUUGAGAUGAAACUUUUAAAAUUUUAAUUUUAAUGUAUUAACCUACUGAAAAAUGUCUCCAGCAUCACAUGAUAUUGUUACAAAUUUUCUGCCACUGAAAUAAUCUUUUGCAUUCUACACUUCAGUAACCAGACUACUGCAAAAGCCAUGGACUCCUAUGGCACAGCGGUAGUGUCCCUGCCUCUAUGCCAGAAGAUCCAGGUUCAAGUCCUACCUACCUGAAGGUGUGUCUCAAUGUAUUGGAGCACAUUGAUUUAAAAUAACUACUUCAAGCCCGUCAAUGCAAAUGAGUACUUAAACAGAACUAGGCUCUGCCAUCAUGAUUUUUCCCUACAUUAAAACUAAAGCUAAAAGAGAUUUCCAGAAACUAAAUGAUAUACUCUUGACAUGAGAAAACUCUGUCUUCACGUUUCUGGGAAACAGAAAAUACUGCUGUUGAGAAAUACUUGAGAAACUCUCAAAUGCUGAAUUCAAGUUAGUGUUAUUUGCUUUUGUACCCUGACUAUCAGAAGAACAUUAGAUUACAAAGGUUCUUAAAUGUAAAUGAUAGAACUAGUUUCACCAUUUGAGUAGUCACAAGAUGUUGACCUCUUAUCCCUGUACCUAAUUGUAAAUUGGAGAGCAAGCAUCAACAUAAUUGAAAAUAACAAUUGCACUGAAACUUAGCAGUCAACCUCCUGACAAAGGAGUGUUUCAUCUUUCAUCUCUGAAAAAGAUUUCUAGCCCAGAAGUGAAUUUUACUUCCAGAUAACAAAUGUUAAAUUUUUAAAAAUAAAUCCUAAUAGCUCACACGUAGGAAAUGCCACUACAGGUUCAGCAUUAAGAACUGUGACUACCAUUGCAAUGCUGUAAAAUGAGGUUGGAACAUAGGCUAGGGGCAGCAGGAUGGUACUGUCAAAUGGCUUGUUAAUGUUUUAAAUGUUAAUGUUUAAGGUUUUUCCUCUUUUUCUUAAAUCUAGUGCCUAGCAAAAUAUGUUUUUUAUAUUGUUUUGCAAGUGUAGCUUUAUUGAUACUACAGCGAGCAACUUUCUUUCAUUACGAAAUGUUGGGGGGGAUACAUAUUUUUCAGUGGUCUAUGGAUACAAGGAAAUUGAUAAAUUGUUUACUGUUGUACAGUUACAUAAGUUUGGGGAAGGGCAUCACAGGCUUUCACAAAUGAGAAUCAAACCUUAAUUCCAGUCCUACAAGUGGAUUCCAUUCCACAAGCAAUGAAAUAAAAGUACAAGUGUUAACUUGCCAAUUGUUUGUUUUAUUUUUUUUUAAUUUUUUUUUUGAAAAUUAAACAGCUCCAAACAGAAUUUGGAAGUUUCACUUGUAACCAAAGAAAGAUAAUAUGCCCACUGGUUGUGAAGUUAGCAUUUUCUCUAUUAUUGUAUCUUAAGGUAUUGUUUUUAUAACCAAUAUGUAUUUAUUGCAUGCCAACUCAUUGUUAAUGCUUUUACUCUCAUAGUAUUGUACACAGUUAAACAAAUUACGACUCAAGCGCCCAGUAGAAAUUUGCAUUUUAAAGUAUUCAUUCAUUUGAUAGCUAAUGUAUAAUAAGUAUAGUUUAUCUAAUACAUUGACAUAUAGGAUGUUGUCCUUUUCCUGCCUAAAUUAUCAGCCACAGAUGGGGAUCAAAAUUUUUGAGAUUAGAGAAGGUGAGACACUGUUUUUCUAAAUAGAUUUGUGCAUAUGUAAGUCAUGUUGGUUUGUGAAGCUUUUAAACAAGGAACACAACGCCAUGCACUGAGUUUUAACAUCUGGCCAUUACUCAAGUCAAAAUAAUUUCUGCCAUUUAGUGAUAACUAGUUAUUGUUCAUAUGUUUGCCACACAUUUUGAUUUGUACCCAUAUCUGUAAAUAGUUUAACAGUGGGCUUAUGAUUUGAAAUUAAAUCAUAUUUCUGAAAAUGGCAGGCAUUUGUUUUAUUUCUAUUGUACCAAAGAUUCCAGUAUAAAGACCAGCUGAAAUAAUGAUCUAAUCUAUAGACCACCAGUGCAACUGUCCUUAGUAAAUGUACGGUUAUCCAGGAUCCUACUACUUGUAUGCUAAAGAAAUCUAAGCUCCUAUUCAAAACUCUGGGGAUUUCUUCUUUUGGAUGCAAUCUGCAGUAUUACUUAGUAUUUGGUCUUUUUAAAGACAUUUAGAAAAUAUUGCAAACUCUUCCCCAAUUGACAUACACCUGUUUUAUUGAAAGCUAAGCCCCUUAACACUAGGAUUUUUUUUUUCUCCUGGCAAUUUUUUUUUGUUUUGAUCUCAUGAAUCAACAUCUUUUUAAUAAAGGCUGUGUUUGUAAUGAAAGCUAAAAUAAAUGAUUAAUUCUGUAUUUUUUAUGUAAUAAAGUAUCCACCUAGUAAAUCACUGACA